AUGAGCCCACCGCAGAAGGGAGAGGGGGGCACUGUGGGGGCAGCGGCAGGCGGUUUGGAGGGAGACGGGGGGGGCGUGGCUUCGCGGCAUGAGAGAGCGGAACAUGUUGCCAAGACCACCGCGGGGCAGGGUUCCAGGUGUGCUUGUGCCACGGCCUCGGCCCCGCCUCAUGACCCAACAGCCGCCGGCGCGCACAGCAUUCUUCCCAAAGGCGGCCAGCCUCAACGCCAGGCCCCCGGCAGCAACCCUUCAAAUCGAGCGGAGACGGCAGCGAUGACGAUGCAGCCGAUGGAGGUUGAAGGCGUCGGAGAGGGGCGCCCUGCUGCGGCAGACAGCGGUAGCGGCCGGGCCGCGGGCCGCGGCUGCGAGGCCUGCGGCAAGGUUUUCACACGAGAUGUGCACCCCAGUUUCGCCUGCAGGGCUUGCCGCAAGCUCUACCACCGCAGCUGCGUGGGCUACGCCAACCGCGCGAGGCAAUCCCCACCCCCGGAUUGGAUCUGCCCUCACUGCCCCGGCGGCGAGCGUGGGCCUAGCCCUCAGGUGCACCUUUCUGUCGCCGGCAAGGGGACCGUCAAGCAGCGGAAAGGAAACAUGCCGUGGUGCCCGAUCUGCCUGCGCGACGACCGGCUGCCCAACUCCAAGCUCGUGGGCCGUCUCAACAGCGGCAGCGGUAACCACCGCCGCCGCUCCCGCGGCGGCGGAGGCGGCGGCGGCGGCGGCGGCGGCGCUGGCGGCGGCGCGAAGAGCAAGGCGAAAGGCAAGCGCAGGCUGGAGGUCGUCUCGGCGACCGGGCAGGAUGGGGGCGGAGAGGCCGGGGGGGGCAAAGGCAAAGCCGGCCAGUCUAAACGGAGAAAGGCUAGCAGCUGCGGCGCCGCGGACAGAACAAUGGGAGAAACAGCAUUAUCAGGGGUGACUUCCGGGUCCCUGAACAGGGGAGCUGCACCGCGGGAAGAAGAGAACCCCCCGGCUCGGCAGCAGCGGGCACGGCAGCGGCGGGCAUCAACCGCCCGCGGAGGCGGGCGCAACGGCAACGGCAACGCUGCCACUGCCGACCCCACCCCCGCCUCCGCUGCCGCUGCCGCCGCCGGCACCGUGUGCUUCAAGUGCAAGAAGAAACGGAGCGGCUCGAACAAGUCGAGCGGGAAGACUUGCGGCACGUGCGGCCGGUGGUGGCACAACUCCGUGCACUGCUGCGGGGCGUACGGCUGCCCCGAGUCCGGCGAGUGGGUGGGAGGGUGGCGGUGUCGGCAUUGCCUCUCCUUGUGGGAGAAGGGCCUCAGGGACCGCGCGGCGAAGGUCGUGGAGGCGUGGAACGACCAGGAGGCUAGGCGAGAGCGGGACGCGCCGUUGCACAGAGAGACGGCGGCAGCGGCGGCGGCAGAGAGCAAGGCAGCCCGGCGUCAUGGCUUCUCAGUGGCGGCAGUCGAGAUUCCGCCAGUUUGCUGCCCGCCGGCGGGCAUUCUGCCAUUCCUCGAUGUGGACGCUAUCAAGGACACCGGCUUCCGAUUGGCUCGUUUCAGCAGGGAGGACUGCUCGUUCAUGGGCCCCGACUGCGUUGUGGCGAAGGUUGACCUCUGCUGGAAACACCGCAUCUUCGCCAUCGUCGAGGGGGCCUUCGACCCGCAGAUACAGCCAUUGAUGGACUUCCUGCAGGAGCGCAAGAGCCUGGCUUGCAAGCUCUCGGGAAAGGCCGCGUCGGGAGAAGCCAGCAGCACCAUGGGCGACUACAGGUCCAAGCUGGCCGACCGCAUCCGCGACGGCAAGGAGAGCGCAAAGGCCAAAGACAACCCCGGGACGUUCUUCCUCGACACGACUACCGGCCAGGCGGACGUCCUCAACUGGCUACCCACGGACCCGCUCAUGAAAGGCCUCAUCCCCGAGGCCGAGCGGGGCGGUCUGGCGGAGCACAUCCAUGGCGAGCGGUGCAAGUUCGGGGCCCUUCACCUUCGGCGGCGGUAG